AUGGUGCUGAAGGGUGGAAAUGGUGAAGGUUGUGGCAGAAGUAGUGGGGAGAAGAUGGAGGAUCCCUGCAGCGAAGGUCGUGGUGGUGAUGAUGGUGAUGUCUACCAGGUGUUUGAGGAGUUUGACUUCUCCCAGUUAACAGACACGAGCAGCAUUGCGUCAUGUGAGUCCUUCUAUCCCCUCGGGGGCUCACUCCUGCAUCAGCGCCAUAUGACUCCCGAGAGUCCAGAGACGCUCACCUUUUUCAAGGCCUGCUGCAAUAACAAUGCUGUCAUAGUCAAGAUUAUGAUCAGGCAGAGAGUCACAGAAGAAGAAGUACAGGAAGUGGAUAAAAACAACAGGACAUGGCUGAUCGUGGCGUGUUACCGGGGCUACGUGGACGUGGUCAUCGCCUUGGCGCGGUGCCCGUACGUGGAGGGCAACACAGCUCUGAUGGUAGCUGCCCAAGCAGGUCACAUUAUGAUCACAAGUUACCUACUGAACUACUUUGCUGGGCUGGAUAUUGAAUGCAGGAACUGCCAAGGAUUCACGGCUUUGAUGAAAGCAGCCAUGCAGGGCCAGGCAACAUGCGUUCACGCCAUUAUGAUGUCAGGCGGGUGGCGUUAAUCGAGGGACCGUGGGCGCAAACUGAGUGAGUGGGCCCUCUUCACCGGUCGCUACGAGACAGCGCGGCUCCUUCUGCACCUCACGAUGCGGCCAUACGCCGAGCAGUUCAGCCUCUCCUUCCGCAUGGAGCGGCCGACGUUGCACAGGGCGGACAGACGCACCGCCGACCCCGCAUCUCGCUGCCAGGAGGCCGUCACCCUCAGCGUGGGGGCAGAGCCACGUAAGCGGGGAGCGUUGGACUACAUGGUGCGCAUGACCACGGCGCUGGCCAGCCCGCUUUUGGCCACCGCCUGCUGGCCCGUGUGCCCAGGCAGCCCACCGUGCGUGGGCCGGCUCGGCCCAGCCGGGCCACGCGUCCCGCCCGGGCGCCUGUUCCCGAGCGACCCUGCGGAGACGCGUCCGCUGCCAGACGAGGGGUUGACUGCGUCUGCGCCCGUGCCAGUGCCGGGCCGCACAUGCCACUCGCACGCCAGAAAGUUUGGAGGCUAG